AGAGAGAGAGAGAGAGAGAGAGACCAUCUGGAACCGCGUCAGACCUGCUGCGCGUUCAAGGGUACUGAGAUAACCGCUGAUGCGCAUCAAGCAAUGCUACAAACCUGGUCUCCACUGAAGCCGAAAUUCAAUUCGAUAGGGGUCAGUCUCAGUGUAUAUUGUUUAGAGAUGAUACCUCAUUGACAUCAGUCAUUAUCAUCACUGUAUUCCUUAGGUCAACAUGGCAACCGGAAGGAAAGGCUCCACUUCAAAAGGUGGAAUAGUGCAUUUCCCUGAUGAUGAGGAAGAUACUAAUAUUAACAAUAGUUGUGAUGAAAUGCUUCAGGAUAAAGUCAUCACUGCUCUACCAGAGCCUGAUGGUGCAUAUCUUGUUAAGGUGGGAUUUUUAAGGAGCCAUCACAAAUAUGAAAUUGUCUUCUCUUUACCGCAAGUCCCCACACUGGGCAAAGAUGUCUCCCUUUCCCCUGCACUUCGGACUACUGCAAGACCACGCCUGCGUGCAACACGCAUCACUCCACGCCCUGAGGGGGGAGCAAGGGUGGUUUGUGAGUACAGCGCUCAGCAGGAGGGAGUGGUACAGGAGGAACUCACUCUGGUCAACAGGAGCAGAAGGGACAGCAGUGUCAAAAUUAGAUUACAGGCCAGAGUCAUGGAACGCCAUCACGGGACACCAAUGUUACUUGAUGGAGUGCGGUUUAUUGGAGAAGAAAAACAGGUUACCUCCAAAAAUAACAACACAAAGAAGAUGUGACCAAAGCAUGUACAGUUGAAGUUAGAAGUUACAUACACUUAGGUUGAAGUCAUUAAAACAUAAAAAAAAAAAUUGAACCACUCCACAGAUUUCAUAUUAGCAAACUAUAGUUUUGGCAAGUCGUUUAGGACAUCUACUUUGUGCAUGAUAUGAAUAAUUUUUCCAACAAUUGUUUAGACAGGUUGUUUCAGUUUUGAUUGAAUAUAUCACAAUUCCAGUGUGUCAGAAGUUUACAUACACUAAGUUAACUGUGCCUUUAAGCAGCUUUAAAAAUGCAUUUCUUGGUUCUGCAUGGCAACAGGUCCAAGAUUUCAAAUAAUAGAUGGGUCAGGGUAAUACAUUUUCAGGUCUUUUUGGGAUCAGGCACAAAUGUUUGGACCCGUGAAGACCUCUACUCCACAAGUCUGGUUCAAUCUUGGGAGCAAUUUGCAAACGCCUGAAGGUACCAGGUUCAUCUGUACAAACAAUAGUACACAAGAAUAAACACCAUGGACCACACAACCAACAUACAGCUCAGGCAUUAGACACAUUCUGUCUCCUAGAGAUGAAUGUAGUUUUGUGUGAAAAGUGCAAAUCAAUCCCAGAACAACAGCAAAGGAACUUGUGAAGAUGCUGGAGGAAACAGGUAGACAAGUAUCUAUAUCCACAGUAAAACAAGUCUUAUAACGACAUAACAUGAAAGGCUGCUCAGCAAGGAAGAAGCCACUGCUCCAAAACCGCCAUAAAAAAGCCAGACUUUUUAGCCAGCCAGUUUGCAAGUGCACAUAAUGACAAAGAUCUUACUUUCUGGAGAAAUGUUCAAAUGUUUGGAGGAAAAAGGGUUAGGCUGGCAAGCCGAAGAACACCAUCCCAACCGUGAUGCAUGGGGGUGGCAUCAUCAUGUUGUGGGGGUGCUUUGCUGCAGGAGGGACUGUGCACUUCACAAAAUAGAUGGCAUCAUGAGGAAGGAAAUUAUGUGGAUAUAUUGAAGCAACAUCUCAAGACAUCAGCCAUGAAGUUAAAGCUCGGUCACAAAUGGGUCUUCUAAAUGGACAAUGACCCCAAGCAUACCUCCAAAUUUGUGGCAAAAUGGCUUCAGGACAACAAAGUCAAGCUAUUGGAGUGGCCAUCACAAAGCCCUGACCUCAAUCUAAUUUCUGAUCAGAACUGAAAAAGUGUGUACGAGCAAGUAGGCCUAAAGUCCCGACACAGUUAAACCAGUUCUGUCUGGAGAAAUGGGCCAAAAAUCCAGCAACUUAUUGUGAGAAGCUUGUGAAAGGCUACCCAAAACAUUUGACCCAAGUUAAACAAUAUAAAGGCUACCAAAUACUAACAAAGUGUAUGUAAACUUCUGAUCCAAUGGGUAUGUUGUGAAAGAAAUAAAAGCUGAAAUAAAUCAUUCUCUCUACAAUUCUCUCUGAUAUCUCACAUUCUUAAAAUAAAGUAGUGAUCCAAACUGACCCAAGACAGAGAAUGCUUUCUACGAUUAACUAUCAGGAAUUGUGAAAAACUGAGUUUAAAUGUAUUUGGCUAAGGUGUACGUAAACCUCUGGCUUCAACUGUAAAUGAUGAGAUCAAAUAGAAAUUAUAGCACAUGAAUGUGCACCAGAAAUGUGAACAAACCAUCUCACCUGCAGUCCUGGAGGAUCUCUAGAUCAAGUGAUGGUUUCUGCACUAAUGUAAAGAUGGAGACUCUAUAGUCUACUGAUGACAUUUCUGCUAUUGGCAUUACAAAUUCGGCCUAACCUUAGUUUUUAAACAGAAUUUCAAAAGCGUGUGCACCACAUUUUAACCAUAUUUGUACCAUCACAAACUGCAAGUGGGCAUGGGUGGGAGUUCUGUGGUCGUAUGUGCGCAAACUGUUGGUGUAUUGUAUGAUAAUGAAGUGGUGCAAAGAGCAGUUUGCUAUUCAAAACCAUUUCUGUUUUCAGCGCAAACUCCAAAUUCAGUUCCUACAUUUGCAUUUUGGAGAUUCCACCAGCAGGUGGUAAUAGGUGGUGAGAUAAUGUCCAAAAUCUGAAAAUAUAGAGGAACUUCAAUUUAAAUUUAAUUUCAAAUUAAGUCCCUGCAAUCGCCAUUUUAUGAAACAAAAAUGUAUUAGAUUUGUGUCAAAUCUAGAGGUCAUUGUUUAUUUUUUAGAUAUUAUUAUUAGUAUGUUUAUAUUUACAAUUGUAUUUAUGAUCUAAUUUGUAUUAGUAUUUUUCCACCUGUUGUUGUAGAGUGAUUUUUAUAUCACUGCAAAAGGGUCCAAUGGAAGAAGUUAAGAGGAAAUUUUUUGGAUUUGGUAUGAUUAUUUGACCACUUCGUCAUUUUGAUUAUAUUUUCAUUUAAUUUUAGUUGUAAUUAGAAUAUAGAAAUAUUUUUGGGUCAUUUUUUUUUUCUUUCAAAGAAUUUAUAAAAUAUUUUUUAAAUCAAAAUCGACCGGUAGAAGUGAAGUGCGUGCUGAAACAAACACUGUUAAUUCUAGCCAUUAUUUUGUGUGUCAGUAGAUAAAAAUCAUUAAUAAUACUUAAUAAUAAAUUCCCUGUAAUUUAACAGAGCCUACAUCCAAAUCCUGAACCACGUUUUCCAUGGGUAUAAAAGGCGUGUGUCACUUCAUAGAAUUAUGCUAGACAUUCAACAGACACAGUUAAUGCACGAAAGAAUGUAUGUACAUAUUUCUAUUCUUCUUAUUCACUGAAUAUAGUCCAAUUACAUUACUAACUUCUUAUGAUUGUGCUGUCUUUGUUUAUAUCGCUGGUGCUUGACAGGGAAUGGACUGUAUACAGUAAUAGGAUGCAGACCCUGCAAUAAACAAAGAACCUCAGAAUUAAAUUGCACUUGACCCAGCCUAUUUGCGGUCUACAUGCACGAUUUCGCACUUAGACACUUGCACCUAGACUUAGUGCAUGCUUGCACGAAAAUACCACAACUUCAUGGCCACGCCCACUGAUUUUGCACUUAUGACUUAUGGCCUAGUGCUGCACUUAUUACGCUGCACGUACUCUGUACUGAUGGUAUACUCUGCACUUACCCAGAUAGUAACAGAUUACUUUUAACCUGUGUAUGAUUUAUGACAGACAAUAGGGAAACCUUAAAGGUGCUGUAAGCAGUUUUUUUAUGGAAUGCUGUGCAGAAAAUGUUUUUUUCUCCAUGAAAGAUAUCACUGACAUAAUUGUCCUGGGUUAUCUCACCAGUCUUUGUGACAGUACUAGACAGUAUAAACAGCAAACAAAAUCUGACCUCUGGCCAUGGAAAAAUUAUUUGAUCAGCCAAUCAGUAGACUAUGAUGCACUCUCUGCCUGUAAAUAAUUUUGCAAGUUCUCAGAAUGUAGUUGUUGAAGCAAAAAAAUCAGGCCAUAUCUAGAUUCAUAACAGUUGUCAGCUGAGGGCACUAUUUUGCUACUGUAGUGAUUAACAACCAUGAGAAGACUGACUGCUGCUCUACUGUUCAUUGAUGGUCUCAACACCAUAUUUGGAGUGCAUGGUUUUGGUAAAAGGGGGUCUGUCUAAUUCAACGGCUCAGUCUUGUGGAAAUUCCAGAAUGGUAAAAAUUGCUACGCUAUUGCUUACAGCCCCUUUAAUUAAUGCCAGAGACAUGACAAUAGUCAAAGACGUCCGUGUAGUCCAUGUUUAUUUACAAAAAUAAUUCAAAAUUGUCCAGAUAGGUCUCAUUUGGUGUUUAGGAAUAGUUAGACCACACGAGGCAACACUGUUUUCCCUGCUUUCUGUGUUUACGAUCUGAGUCCCAGGGCUAGUGGGCGGGGCCAAGGGUGCGAUGAUGUAAAGUAGGUAUUGAUGUUGUUGCUGUAGAGGUAGUCAUGAACAAAGGUGGAUAGUAACGUGCUACAUUUACUCCGUUACAUUGACUUUUUGGCGAAAAUGUACUUUUAGAUUUGACAUUUUUACUCUCACUCAUGUAAAUUUCUAAUGAAUUUUUUUUAAACUUUUACUUCUUUACAAUGGGCGGCGUUCCUGUCAUUACUGGGUUUAAUUUUAGUUAAUGUGUAAUUUAUUGAGAGAUUAUUGAAUGGGACUUGUACGAGAGCAGAGGUUCGCACAGCUGUGCAUGCUGACACAGACUGUCACUCAAGUCAUCAAUGCUGCUGCAUCAAACUCUUCAAAGUGAAACACAAAUCUCAGCUUCAAUUUAAGGCAGCACGCUGAGGUAAGUUUUGGCUCUAAUGCUAACACAAGCUUAUCUGUAUAAUGUGAAGCUAGUUUUCGAGGUGAUAAUGUAACUGGGCUCUUAUGACAUCAGAUUUUAAGUGUACAUUUUUAAAUCAGUGCAGCAAUAUAUCAGUGUGCUUUGUCCCAUGUCAGACUAGUCAAGAGCAGUAUUAUGCAUUUACUGGAAACUAUUCCAGCUACUUCGGCCGAAUUAACUGUAUAAAUCCCUGUAAACAUCCAAGUUAAGUGUAAAUGACUUUUUGCUCUGCCGUUCGCGUGAUUGACAACUUGAGCGAAGGGCGGCAGGCACGCGUGUAAGAGAUGUGCGGGUGCAAGGCAAUCGUAUGGUGAAGAGAGUGGCUGUGUUCGAAAUCGUUCACUCAUUCACUAAUUCCUAUAUAGUGAAUGGCAGUGAGUGCACUAUAUCUCAGCAAAAACGAAAUGAGGGAGUGAAUUCGGGCACUGACAUAUACACAGAGUGUCGCAGCUCUGGGGCUGUUGCAGAAACAAUGUCACAUAUGAAAUUUUAGAAUACUUGGGCCUUACUUGUUAUUCUUAUUAAAUAAUAUAUUAAUACAAUAAAUCUUCAUUCUGUUUGUCAUUUUUAAUAUAUACUGUAUGUUAAUAUAAAGAGUAAACACAUUUAAUCAAAUAAAGAGUACAUUUUAAAAUUUAUCUAUAUGUUUUGCCUCUCUAUAUUUUAUUGUUAUUUUAAUCAAGUAAUGAUUUUCAAAAAGUAAUUUAAUACAUUCAGCAGGAAAUAAAACAUUGCAGGAGUGAAGGAAGCAGUAAACUCCCAGCUUGUACGUGUUCCCAUGAUGGAUUGUGGGCAAUUAACCAUUGUUGAGUGGACAUCAAAUGUUAGAGUGCAUUGUGUGUAGGAAUAAGUGAAAAAAAGUAUAGAAUGAGUGGCUCACUCAGAAUUUAGAAAUUGUGCACUAUUUAGUGGAUAGGGGCAGUUUCAGAUACAGCAAGUAUUCCACGACCAGGGUUGGUGCCCUACGUAGGCUGUGUAAUCUGCAUUUAGAGAGCGGUGGUAUUGCUGUACAGAAUAAAUACUUAUGACACUGAAAACUGUUACUACACUGUAAUAAGAUUCCACACAGGACUUUAAAAGCUUUGAAAUAGCAAAAGUAGGCAUUAAUAAAGCAUGAUCUUGCUUUGGUUUAUAUUUCAGCAUUAUAUAUAAUGUCCUUGUGGGACAUUUUCACGUUUUCACCGUAUUAAUUACUAUAAAUGUUUCCAAACCUCUUUUCUUAUUGACAAAUUCAUC